AUGUACGGCUCCGGCUCACAGACCGGUGUCUCGACACCCCGUUCUCAGGCUGUUUCUCGCCCUCUUAUCCUUUCGCACGGCUCUCUCGAGUACUCGUUUUUAAUACCCACUGCUCUCCACUUCAGCGCUUCGCAACUUAAGGAUGCCUUCAUCGCCACUCUUCCCACACCCACAGACGAGCUUGCUCAAGAUGAUGAGCCUUCAUCUGUCACCGAGCUUGUAGCCCGCUACAUUGGCUUUGUCGCCCGCGAGUGCGACGAGGGCGAUGACCCGGGCUCCUUUGAGGAGGUGCUCAAGCUUGUCCUCCACGAGUUCGAGCGUGCCUUCCUCCGUGGAAACGAGGUCCACGCCAUCGCCGCUUCUCUGCCCGGCAUCUACGAGAAGAAGCUCGCCACUGUUUCGUCGUACUACGCCGCCAGAGCUGCCGUCAGCAGGCCGAUCAAGUCUCAUGAGUCGGCUCUGUUGCGCGAGGCUGCUGACGAGAACGCCUUCAUCUACGCCGUUUUCGGUGGCCAGGGCAACAUCGAGGAGUACUUCGAAGAGUUGAGAGAAAUCUACACCACCUACCCCUCAUUUGUCGAGGACUUCAUCACUGCGGCAGCUGCACACUUGCAGACGCUGUCCAGAGAGCCCCAGGUCGAGAAGCUCUACCCCAAGGGUCUGGAUGUCAUGCGCUGGUUGCACAACAAGGACGCCCAGCCCGACAUCGACUACCUCGUUUCAGCACCCGUCAGUCUCCCCCUGAUCGGUCUCACACAGCUCGCACACUUUGUCGUGACCUGCAGAGUCCUUGGCACACACCCCGGAAAUGUGCGCGACAGACUCAGCGGUACCACCGGUCACUCCCAGGGUGUUGUGACUGCCGCAGCCAUCGCUGCGUCUAAGAGUUGGGAAACUUUCGACAAGGCUUCAAGAGAUGCCCUCUCGAUUCUGUUCUGGAUCGGCUCGCGCAGUCAGCAGGCAUACCCCCGUACCUCGUUGGCUCCCUCAACCCUCCAGGACUCUAUUGACAGCGGCGAGGGAACUCCCACUCCCAUGCUGUCCAUCCGCGACCUCACCCGUGAGGCUGUCCAGACCCACAUUGAUGCUACCAACCAGCAUCUUCCCGAAGACCGCCACAUUGCCAUCUCACUUGUCAACAGCGCUCGCAACUUUGUUGUAACUGGUCCUCCCAUGUCGCUCUACGGUCUCAACCUUCGCCUCCGCAAAGUCAAGGCUCCUACUGGUCUCGACCAAAGCCGCAUCCCCUUCACCGACCGCAAGGUCCGCUUCGUCAACCGUUUCCUCCCCAUUACCGCCCCCUUCCACAGCAAGUACCUCGCCGAGGCAGAUGCCCACCUCCAGGAGGACCUCAAGGAUAUCGUUAUCCCCAGCUCCGAUCUUGGUAUCCCGCUCUUCGACACCAACACUGGCAAGGAUAUCAGCCAGGAGAGCGCCGACAACAUUGUCCCUCAUCUCGUGCGUAUGAUCACCCAAGACUCAGUCAACUGGGAGACCGCAACUGUUUUCCCUAGAGCCACCCAUGUUCUCGACUUCGGUCCUGGCGGUAUCUCCGGUCUUGGUGUUCUCACCAACCGCAACAAGGAUGGAACUGGUGUCCGUGUCAUUCUUGCCGGCACCAUGGACGGCACCAACGUCGAAGUUGGGUAUAAGCCGGAAAUCUUCGACCGCGACGCCGAACACGCCGUCAAGUACGCCGUCGACUGGGUCAAGGAGCAUGGCCCUAAGCUUGCCCGUACUUCAGCCGGCCAGACCUUUGUUGACACCAAGAUGAGUCGCAUGCUUGGUCUUCCUCCUGUCAUGGUUGCUGGUAUGACUCCUUGCACUGUCGUUACAGACUUUGUCUCUGCCACCAUGAACGCUGGUUACGAGAUCGAACUGGCUGGUGGUGGCUACUUCACUGAUGCCAAGAUGACCGAGGCCAUCGCCAAGAUCGAGAAGUCCAUUCCUGCUGGCCGUGGUAUCUCGAUUAACCUGAUUUAUGUCAGCCCUCAAGCUAUGGCAUGGCAGAUCCCCAUGAUCGCCAGACUGCGUGCUGACGGCGUUCCGAUCGAGUCCCUCACCAUUGGUGCUGGUGUUCCUUCUAUCGAGGUUGCCAACGAGUACAUCCAGACUCUGGGCAUCAAGCGUAUUGCAUUCAAGCCUGGUUCGGUUGAGGCCAUCCAGUCGUGUAUCAACAUUGCAAAGGCCAACCCUGGUUUCCCUGUCAUCAUGCAGUGGACUGGUGGUCGUGGUGGUGGUCACCACUCUUUCGAGGACUUCCACCAGCCUAUGUUCCAGAUGUAUGGCAGAAUUCGCAAGUGUCCCAACCUCGUCCUCAUUGCCGGAAGUGGUUUCGGUGCUGCCGAGGAUACCUACCCUUACCUCACUGGUCAAUGGGCAAGCAAGUUCGGAUAUCCUCCUAUGCCUUUCGAUGGUGUUCUUUUCGGCAGUCGUGUCAUGGUCGCUAAGGAGGCUAAGACUGCUCCUGCUGCCAAGCAGGCUAUCGUUGAUGCUCCUGGUCUCGACGAUGCUGAUUGGGAGAAGACUUACAAGGGUGAGGCUGGUGGUGUCAUCACUGUUCGCUCUGAGAUGGGCGAGCCCAUUCACAAGCUCGCCACCCGCGGUGUCAAGUUCUGGGCCGAGAUGGAUCAGAAGAUCUUUUCUCUGGACAAGGCCAAGCGUAUUCCUGAGCUCAAGAAGAACCGCGACCACAUCAUCAAGAAGCUCAACGAUGACUUCCAGAAGGUCUGGUUUGGUCGUAACUCUGCCGGUGUCUCUGUUGACCUUGAAGACAUGACCUACGCCGAGGUUGUCCACCGCAUGGUUGAGUUGAUGUACGUGAAGAAGGAGAAGAGAUGGAUCGAUCCCUCUCUCGCCAGACUCACCGUCGACUUCAUCCGUCGUGUCGAGGAGCGUUUCACCACCGCUGCCAAUAAGAGCUCGCUCGUCCAGAACUACGCCGAGAUGAACGAGCCUUUCGCUGUCGUCGAGAAAUUCGUAGCUGCUUAUCCUGAGGCCGACAAGCAGCUUAUCAACGCUCAAGAUGUCCAACACUUCAUCCAGCUCUGCCAGCGACGUGGACAGAAGCCUGUGCCAUUCGUGCCUGCUCUCGAUGGCAGCUUCGAGUUCUUCUUCAAGAAGGACUCUCUCUGGCAGUCUGAGGAUCUUGCUGCUGUUGUUGGCGAGGAUGUUGGCAGAACCUGUAUUCUCCAGGGUCCCAUGGCUGUCAAGUACUCCACCAAGGUCGAUGAGCCUAUCAAGGAGAUUCUUGACGGUGUUCACGAGGGUCACAUUCAGUACCUGCUCAGAGACUUUUACGGUGGCGAUGAGUCGAAGAUCCCCGUUGUCGAGUACUUCGGUGGAAAGCUCGUCGAGGCCAGCGAUGAGAUUGAUGUUGAGGGUUUGACCGUAUCCGAGCUCAACAACAAGACCAUCUACCGCCUCUCUGCCUCGCCCAGUGCAGCUCUUCCCAAGUCAGACUCGUGGUUGUCUCUGCUUGCUGGCAAGACGUACUCAUGGAGACACGCUUUCUUCACUGCAGACGUUUUUGUUCAAGGUCAGAGAUUCAACACCAACCCUAUGCAGCGCAUUUUUGCACCUGCUCCCGGUAUGAUGGUCGAGAUCAACUACCCCAACGAUCCCAGCAAGACUGUUAUCACUGUCAAGGAGCCUACCUCAAGUGGCAAAUUCGUCCAAACUAUCGAGAUUGGUCCUAUCGCCAACAACGAGAUUACCGUCAAGCUCAUUGAGGAGCGUUCCGCCACUCACUCGCCUGUCGCUUUGCCCUUGAAGUUCACAUACCACCCUGAGACUGGUUACGCCCCAAUCAGAGAGGUCAUGGAUGCUCGUAACGACCGCAUCAAGGAGUUCUACUACAAGAUCUGGUUCGGCGAUGCUGACGUUCCCUUCGACACCCCUGUCACCUCUCGCUUCGAUGGUGGCAGAGCCACUGUUACCAGCGAGGCCAUCAAUGACUUCGUUCACGCUGUCGGCAACACCGGCGAGGCCUUUGUCGAUCGUCCCGGUAAGGAGGUCUUUGCUCCUAUGGACUUCGCCAUUGUUGUCGGAUGGAAGGCUAUCACCAAGCCUAUCUUCCCUCGCAAGAUCGAUGGUGACCUCCUCAAGCUCGUUCACCUUUCCAACGGCUUCCGUAUGAUUCCUGGCGCUGCUCCUCUGAAGAAGGGCGAUGUCCUCGACACCACUGCCGAGGUCAACGCUGUGAUCAACCAGGCUUCUGGCAAGAUGGUCGAGGUUUGCGGUACCAUUACCCGUGAUGGCAAGCCCGUUAUGGAGGUCACCAGUCAGUUCUUGUACCGCGGUGCUUACACUGACUUCGAGAACACUUUCCAAAGAAAGACCGAGAAGCCUAUGCAGAUCACUCUUGCCACCAGCAAGGAUGUUGCAGUCCUCCAGUCAAAGGAAUGGUUCCGUCUUGAGGACACCGAGAUCGAUCUUCUUGGUCAGACUAUCACUUUCCGCCUGCAAAGCUUGGUGCGCUACAAGAAUGAGAACGUCUUCAGCACUGUCGAGACUGUUGGCCAGGUUGAGAUUGAGCUGCCUAGCAAGGAGAUCAUCCAACUCGCCUCGGUCGAAUACGAAGCUGGUGUCUCGCACGGAAACCCUGUCAUCGACUACCUUGAGCGUCACGGUUCUGCCAUUGAUCAGCCUGUCAACUUCGAGAACCCUAUCCCAUUGAACGGCAAGACCCCUCUUGAGCUCAAGGCACCCGCAUCCAACGAGACUUACGCCAAGGUAUCGGGUGAUUACAACCCCAUUCACGUUUCUCGUGUCUUCUCCAAGUACGCCAACCUUCCUGGCACCAUUACUCACGGUAUGUACUCGAGUGCUGCCGUCAGAAGUCUGGUUGAGACUUGGGCUGCCGAGAACAACGUUGGUCGCGUUCGCAGCUUCCACGUCAACCUUGUUGGCAUGGUUCUUCCCAACGACACUAUCCAGGUCACCCUGCAGCACAUUGGUAUGGUUUCUGGUCGCAAGAUCAUUACCGUCGAGGCACGCAACAAGGAGACCGAGGACAAGGUUCUUAUUGGUGAGGCAGAAGUUGAGCAGCCUGUUUCUGCCUACGUCUUCACUGGUCAAGGUUCUCAAGAACAGGGCAUGGGUAUGGAGCUUUACGCAAGCAGUCCUGUCGCCAAGGAAGUCUGGGAUAGAGCAGACAAGCACUUCCUCGACAACUAUGGUUUCGCCAUCACCAACAUUGUCAAGAACAACCCUAACGAGAUGACUGUUCACUUCGGUGGCCCUCGUGGUAAGGCCAUUCGCCAGAACUACAUGUCGAUGACCUUCGAGACCGUUGCCGCCGAUGGAAGCAUCAAGUCAGAGAAGAUCUUUAAGGAGGUCAACGAGUCUACCACAUCAUACACCUACCGCUCGCCAACUGGUCUGCUGUCGGCUACUCAAUUCACACAGCCUGCACUUACCCUUAUGGAGAAGGCCUCCUUCGAGGACAUGCGCUCCAAGGGUCUUGUGCAACGUGACAGCACUUUCGCAGGUCACUCUCUCGGAGAAUACUCUGCUCUCGCUGCCAUGGCUGAGGUCAUGCCCAUCGAGAGUUUGGUUUCGGUUGUGUUCUACCGUGGUCUGACCAUGCAAGUUGCUGUCGAGCGUGAUGAGGCCGGUCGCUCAAACUACUCCAUGUGCGCUGUCAACCCUUCGCGUAUUGGCAAGACCUUCACUGAGCAGGCUCUGCAAUACGUCGUUGAAAACAUCGCCGAGACCACUACAUGGCUUCUCGAGAUCGUCAACUACAACAUCGCCAACAUGCAGUACGUCGCCGCUGGUGAUCUGCGUGCGCUGGACUGCUUGGCCAACGUUCUCAACUACCUCAAGGUACAGAAGAUUGACAUUCAAUCUUUGAUGCAGACCAUGUCUCUCGAGGACGUCAAGAGCCAUCUCGUCGAGAUCAUCAAGGGAUGUGCGGAGCAGACUGAGGCCAAGCCUAAGCCUCUGGACCUCCAGCGUGGUUUCGCCACUAUCCCUCUCAAGGGUAUCGAUGUGCCAUUCCACAGUACCUUCCUGCGUUCAGGUGUCAAGCCUUUCCGUUCCUUCUUGCUCAAGAAGAUCAACAAGACAAGCAUCGAUCCCAGCAAGCUCGUUGGCAAAUACAUUCCCAACGUCACCGCCAGGCCAUUCGAGAUCACCAAGGAGUACUUUGAGGAUGUGUACCGCCUGACCAACUCACCCAAGAUUGGCAACAUUCUUGCCAACUGGGAGAGUUAUGUUAACGACGAUGGCAGCAAGCCCGCACCCGCGGCAUAG